AUGAUCGUGAGAGCUGAUGGUGGGUACUCCUCCGCUAAUGAUUUAGAUGAAGAAACCUAUGCUUUGCUUGCAACUAACAAUGCAGGGGAAGGUGACGCGCCCCACCAAGAUGAGGAACUCAUUAGGGCUGAAGCUGCAGAGCACUAUGAGAGCCUCGUGGUGCAGCGAGUGCUAAGCGCACAAAUGGAAAGGGCUGAACAGAAUCAGCGCCACACCUUGUUUCAAACCAAGUGUGUGAUCAAGGAACGCUCUUGCCGCGUGAUCAUAGAUGGAGGAAGCUGCAAUAAUUUGGCUAGUGCUGAAAUGGUGGAGAAACUUGCAUUGAGCACACAGCCACAUCCGCAGCCCUACUAUAUUCAAUGGCUUAAUAGCAGCGGCAAGGUAAAGGUAACACGAUUGGUAAGAGUACAUUUUGCCAUUGGUUCUUAUCAUGAUUCAAUCAACUGUGAUGUUGUGCCUAUGCAAGCAUGUUCUAUGUUAUUAGGUAGGCCAUGGCAGUUUGAUAAAGAUUCUUUACACUUUGGCAAAUCCAAUCAAUACUCCUUUGUGCAUAAUGGAAAAAAACUUGUGUUACAUCCUAUGUCUCCUGAAGUUAUUUUAAAGGAUGAACUUGCUAGAGCUAGCAAACAAAAAAAUCAGGAGCAUACUAGGAGUGAGCAUCUUAUUGCGGCUAAUGAACUUGAGAAGCAUAAGAAGAAACCCACCAACUCUGUUCAAAAUAAUAAAAAUGAGAUUAAGCUGAAGGGAUCUUGUUUCAUUGCAACAAAAUCAGAUUUGGAUGAAGUUGACACUGACACUGUUGUUUGCUAUGCUUUGGUUUGCAAAGAAACCUUAUUUCCAAUUGAGGAUACUCCUAUUUCUUUGCCUCCUCCGGUCACUAACCUUUUGCAGGAGUAUGCUGAUAUUUUCCCAAAGGAGGUUCCACCGGGGCUGCCACCAAUUCGAGGGAUUGAGCACCAAAUUGACCUCAUUCCUGGGGCCUCUCUGCCAAACCGUGCGCCAUACAGGACCAACCCGGAGGAAACAAAGGAGAUUCAGCGUCAAGUGCAAGAGUUACUCGACAAGGGGGAAUUGAAGUAGAUCAAGCCAAGGUUGAAGCCAUACAUAGCUGGCCGGUUCCAACAACGAUCACACAAGUGAGAAGCUUUCUAGGACUUGCUGGGUUCUACCGCCGCUUUGUGAAGGAUUUUAGCACCAUUGCAGCC